ACACACACACACACACACACACACACCAGGGCUGAAUUUGACCCAAGGCUCAGCCCUGGCUGCUUCACUUCACUGCAGAGUCAGGACCUGGCUGCACCUUUAUGCCUGGGCAGCUGCAACACCCGUAAACUUGACGGCCCCAUGCCAGCGAGCCUGGCUUCUGAGCUCUUUAGUGGCCCAGUGCUCUGUUCCUGGGCCUCCAUGGAGCCCCCAUUGCACCCAGGUGGCUGGGUGAGCGCCCUCUGCAGAGCUCUGCCCCAUCCAGGUUCCUCCAGGGAAGGGUUUCUCCCCAGAAGUCCUGCGCCUUCUCACCAGCUGACCCUGGGAGGGGCUGCUGAGAUAGAAGGGUCUCCUCUCAGUGGGUUCCUCCUCUUCUGCUCGUUGGUCAACUCACCCACCCGCUGUCAACGGAGGGGUGACAGGAGGUGGCCUCUGCCUGGCCACAGAAGUCCACUGCCACCUUCCCCUCAGCGUGGGACUUUCUGCCCAACAUCUGCCUCGAAGGCCCCUCAAGAGGUGUUUCCUAAAACAAAGCAAGUUCCUCCAAGGAUUGCUUUGAUAGACCGAGUGAUUCUUGUUUUCAUCACUUUAUUGCUGACUACUGAGCCCUUUAUCAGGGACCAGAGCCCCAGGGGACUGAUAGGGGCACUGCGGAGGUCGAUGAGAACUGGGCACAGGCAGGAGGAAGGAGCCACACCAGGAGGGGCUUUGGACUUGACACUCAGGACUGUGGCUUCUGCCCCUUGAUUAACAAUGAGCCAGGGGAGGGGUUAUUUGUUUGUUUGUUUUUAAUAUAUUUUUUAUUGAUUUCAGAGAG